GCGAGGAGCGGGCGGGCCGCGCUCCUCCACCGCGCUCCUCCACCGCGCUCCCACCGCGUCGCGUCCCACAAAAGUGAGGGGCUGCGGACACCGGGCCCAGCCCAGCCGCUUCCCGGGCCGGAGGGGGCGCGGAGCAGCAGCUGAGCCGAGCCGUGCCGUGCCCUGCCGAGCUUAGCCAGAACCGAGCCGAGCCGCUGCGGGGGGCGCUGCGCCGCGCCGGGUUGGGUUUUUUAUUUCCAAUUUUUGAUCGCAGCUGCAUUUCCCUCCCCCCUCUCCCCCCCCCGCGCGCCGAGGAGGAGCCCCGGCUUUAUGUGGUGCUGCCCGGAGAGCGCUCGGCGGUCGUGAAGUUCUUUGUGUCGCCGUCGCCUUUUUUUUUUUUUUUUCUUCCUUUUUUUUUUUUUUUUAAAUGUAUAACUUCAUGGGUCUGAACAGCACGGCCGUAGCUAUUCAGCCCAAUGUGUCCUGCACAUGCAACUGCAAAAGGUCUUUGUUCCAGAGCAUGGAGAUCAGCACUGAAUGUUUAGGUCGCACCUUUCCAGGUAAACUGGCGGAGUUGGAGUUUGUACAGAUAAUCAUAAUCGUGGUGGUGAUGAUGGUGAUGGUGGUGGUGAUCACAUGUCUGCUGAACCACUACAAACUCUCUGCGCGAUCCUUCAUCAGCCGGCAUAGCCAGGGGAGGCGGAGAGACGAGAACCUCUCAUCGGAGGGAAGCCUGUGGCCUUCAGAAAGCACCAUGUCGGGGAAUGGAAUAGCAGAGCAAAUCUACACCCCGAGACCCAGUGACCGUCUGGCAGUGCCAUCCUUCCUGCAGAGGGACCGUUUCAACAGAUUCCAGCCAACCUACCCCUACAUGCAGCACGAGAUCGACCUCCCCCCAACCAUCUCCCUGUCGGACGGCGAGGAGCCCCCCCCCUACCAGGGACCCUGCACACUGCAGCUGCGAGACCCCGAGCAGCAAAUGGAGCUCAACAGAGAGUCGGUCCGGGCCCCCCCCAACAGAACCAUCUUUGACAGUGACUUGAUAGAUAACUCCGUGUACGGGGGGCCGUGCCCCCCCAGCAGUAACUCUGGCAUCAGCGCCACCUGCUACGGGAGCAAUGGUCGGAUGGAGGGACCCCCACCCACCUACAGCGAGGUGAUAGGGCACUACCCCGGGUCGACGUUCUACCAGCACCAGCAGAACAACAACAACGGGAUGCCUUCCAUCUUGGAGGGCAGCAGACUCCAUCAUUCACAAAUCAAUGGCCUUGAGAGCACAACCGCCUGGAACAAAGAGAAAGAGAAACAAAAAGGGCACCCCUUUUAAAAAAAAAAAAAAAAAAAGAGAAGAAAAAAAAGGCAAAAAAAAAAAAAGGCAAAAAGCAAGAAAGUAAAUGAAACACUCUGCACUUCUCGUUAAAAGAAAAAGGAGAGAGAGAGUUGAGGAAGACAAGCAAAUAAAAAAAAAAGCGCCCUUCCCCAUCUCUCCAUGUAUAAAUAUUUACUUGUUAUGUCUGGUCUGAAUGCACAAGCCUACCAAGCUUGCAAAAACAUUUCUUUAUUGAGCUCUGUCUAGACGUUUAAAAAGGAAAAAAAAAAAUCAACUGUAGUCCAUUUUUUUUUGUUUCUAGUUGAGCUGUGUGUGAGUGCUUUUUCUGUUUGUUUGAUUAUUUCACUUAUCUUUAAAGACAAAAUAUUUGCACAAAAACAUUUUGUUUAAAGAUCUGCAAUAUAAAUAUAUAAAUAUAUAUUAAAAAUAAGAGAAAGUGUAUGUGUAAGGAGCAGGAGUAUUUUUGUAUUAGAAGAGGCCUAUUCAAAAAAAAAAAAAAAAAGUUGUUUUCUGAACUAGAAGAAAAAUGGCAAUUUUUUUGAGUGCCAACUCAAAAAGCGUGUAUUACAUUGUAAAAAAAACAAAAAACAAAAAAAAAUUCAAAAGCAGGGGUUUAGAGUUAUUUAUAUAAAUGUUGAAAUUUUGCACUAUUUUUUAAUAUAAAUAUGUCAGUGCUUGUGUUGGUCAAAGCCUCUAUCAUGUCUACCAUGAACCUGUUAAGGGAUAUAUGUUGAAGUGAAGAACCAAGUAGUUGGAAGGGGGUGGACAGACGCUGAAGUGGAGAUGCCAGCCCUGGGAGGAGCGGUGAGCGAGACUGCAGCUUAUGCAAAUCAUUAAUUUCCAGAGUCCCUGCACAUGGCCACCAACAGUCAUGGCUUUAUACAUUCCCUACAAAGCAAGAGGAGUUGGUGUGUGUCUGUAUGUCGUCCGGUAGGAUUAUUGGAGUAAAAAGGUAAAAUUAAAACUCCCUGCUUCUGUGAGUCGGUAACAAACAACAGAAGCAGACAAAAAUUACUUUUUUUUUUUUUUUUUUUUUUUUUUUUUUGACAACCUCUAACUUUUUGGAGGGGGGGUGGUAGGGAUGAGAAUAAACUUCUGUGUCUGAAGGAACAAAGUGUUUUUUGGUUUAUUUCUUUCAGUGUUCAACUCGAAGGGCCCUAUUUGGAGCUAGGGCGGUGUUUAUGGAAGUUAGUGGGAAUAAAUGGUAAUGCACCCAUCAGCUGCCUUUCAGCUGGUUUUAAAUACAACAUUGAAAGUAUGAGCUGAGAAGAGUGGUGAAAGUCAGUUUCACUUUGUAUUAACCUCCUAAACCUCUGUUUGGGAUGAAGGGGCACAGCUGGCCCCCACGCUGCCACUGGUCAUCGCUGUCUUUGACUUUGUUAUCCUAGCUAAAGAGGCAUCAGAUACAGGCACUGGAAAUUAAUCUCCUCCUGUGAUGUAUUAAUUAAAGGCUAAAGAAAUACACUUAAUGCUUUAGAAGCAAAGCCCCUUUACCUCUUCUGAAGAUUUCCUCAUCCACAGCAGCACGGUCCCACCUGCCCUCCUGCCCACCAGGUGUUGUGCAUCUUUAAUUUAUCUUGGUCUGGAGAGCAUUUUGUCUUACUAUGCUAUUGUUUACAUUUUUAUAUUGUGUAGGUGUCUGGUGGGUGUUUUACCCUCGUGGUGAUUUUGUAUGUGAUGGAUUGAGCGAGUGAGAAACCUGAGAACUGGGUGUUAGGGAGAGCAAAAGGGAACAAACCCGUUCCUGGCCCCGGCUCCCAGCCCAGGGAGCAUCUCUGAGAGUGAAAGGAGAGGUCACUGGGGAACCACAGAGAGUGAAGAUUUUACAAGGAGGUGUGAUUUCAUUUUCUGCAGGAUGCUAUCUAGUAGAGUGACAUAAAUGAAAGAUAUAAAGGCAAUAAAUAUUGUUUUUAAGCAACUUUUCUAUUACUUGAAAAAAACAAAAACAAAACAACCAUGAGAACGGUUUUGAAGUUCUGACCAUUUGAACAAUAUUUAUAUAGAUAUUUUAAAAAAGAUGAUGACUAGCUGAACUUGAAGUUUGAUCAUUAUUUUUUGCUUUAUUUUUUUGCCUAGAAAUAGUCCUGUACCUUCUCAAUAUUUCAAACUGCUUUUCCACAGCUCUUGAAAUCUUCAUAGCUUUACAGUUGUGUAACCUAAAUUUUGAUGACCUAAAAAAAAAAAAAAACCACAAAAAAAAGAAAAAAGUCAUGCAAAGGAAUAAAAAUCUAGUUUGUCAUGAAAGGUACAAAAGUGAUGAAUUUAUACGAGUUUUUAAAAUGUAUCUUUCCUUUAUGUAACAAGUCUAUUUAGUGCCUUAUUAAAGAAGCAGUUACCCUCUCUUUUUAAAGAGGGGAAAACAAAAUCAUUGUUAGCAUCACAAGUAACCAGCGUCUGGUCUCUUGCUCCUUUGGACCUUGCAUUCAGUUUUCCAGUCCCUUCUGUCCUGGCAGUGCUGCUGGCUCCUGGAGCAGCUCCCUGUGCUCCCUCAGCUGCUGCUCUGCUCCGACUGGAUGUAAGGGAACUUGAACACGUUUAUGCACAUUAUCCUACCUGGAGAGGUAGGAAACUGUGGUGGAUAUUGUAAAUGAGAUACCAACCAAAAGAGAAACCGAAAUAUAAUAUCUACUGCCCUCUUGAGCCAAAAUGCGUGAAUAGUGUUGUUGGGGUUGUUUCAUGGUUGGUUGGUUGGUGUAUUUUGGGUUGUUUGUGGGGUUUUGUUUUGGGGUUUGUUUGUUGGUUGGGGUUGGUUUUUUUUUUUUGGGUGGGGGUGAGUGUUCUGGGAUCUGAACUUUAGUUUGUCUGCUACAAAACAAAA